GGAAAACCUAAACUGUGAAAAUCUCCGAUCGUCCGAUAUGAGAUUUGUGACAUCGUCGGCCGGUGAGAUUUUCCGACGUGAUGAGCUCGUAGUGAGACAGCUCUUGAACCCUCGUCUGUACUCUAAACUCGUUAAUACCUUCUCUGAAACUGAAGCCAAAUUGAGAUCGCUAUGUGAGGAUUCAAAUCCUCAGCUCAAGAUUGCCGUUUCAGUUUUCCAGCAAGCAGUCGACUCCGGUGGCUCUCUUGCUUUCGCCGGAAAUAAUCUCAUGGCAACGCUGGUACGCUCUAGAAACCACGAAGUAGCAUUUUCAUUUUACCGCAAGAUGCUUGAGACUGAUACAUUCAUCAAUUUCGUGUCGCUGAGUGGGUUACUUGAAUGUUUUGUGCAAAUGCGUAAGACCGGGUUUGCGCACGGGGUUCUCGCAUUGAUGUUGAAGCGUGGGUUUGCUUUCAAUGUGUAUAAUCUUAAUAUCCUCUUAAAGGGUUUAUGUAGGAAUCUGGAAUUUGGUAAAGCUGUUAGUUUACUGAGAGAAAUGAGGCAAAACUCUCUGAUGCCUGAUGUUGUUAGCUACAACACGGUUAUUCGAGGUUUCUGCGAGGGAAAAGAGCUAGAGAAAGCAUUGCAAUUAGCUAAUGAAAUGCAAGGCAGUGGCUGUUCUUGCAGUUUGGUGACUUGGGGGAUUCUGAUAGAUGCCUUUUGCAAGGCUGGUAAGAUGGAUGAGGCGAUGGGCUUGCUCAAAGAAAUGAAACAUAAGGGUUUAGAGGCAGAUCUUAUUGUGUAUACUUCUCUGAUUCGAGGGUUCUGUGAUUGUGGUGAGUUAGAUAGAGGAAAGGCGCUAUUCGAUGAGGUUCUGGAAAGAGGAGAUUCUCCCUGUGCAAUUACAUAUAACACGCUUAUUCGAGGUUUUUGCAAGUUAGGACAGUUGAAAGAAGCCUCAGAGAUGUUUGAGUUUAUGAUGGAGCGUGGAGUUCGCCCAAAUGUUUACACGUACACGGGUCUAAUUGAUGGCCUUUGCGGUGUAGGUAAGACUAAGGAAGCCCUGCAACUUUUAAAUCUGAUGUUAGAGAAGGAUGAAGAACCAAAUGUUGUGACAUAUAACAUUAUUAUUAACAAGCUGUGCAAGGACAGCCUUGUAGCGGAUGCUUUAGAAAUUGUAGAGUUAAUGAAGAAGAGGCGUACAAGACCUGAUAACAUAACAUACAACAUUUUACUGGGAGGACUCUGUGCCAAAGGUGACCUAGAUGAAGCAAGUAAGCUUCUCUAUUUAAUGCUGAAAGAUAAUAGUUAUACGGAUCCAGAUGUUAUAUCAUUUAAUGCGCUAAUCCAUGGGUUGUGCAAGGGAAACCGUCUCCAUCAAGCUUUAGAUAUUUAUGAUUUGCUGGUUGAGAAAUUGGGUGCUGGGGAUAUAGUUACCACUAAUAUAUUGCUUAACAGCACUCUCAAGUCUGGAGAUGUAAAUAAGGCAAUGGAACUUUGGAAACAAAUAUCUAAUUCCAAAAUUGUUCCAAACUCAGAUACAUAUACUACUAUGAUUGAUGGGUUUUGCAAAACUGGCAUGCUUAAUGUUGCUAAAGGAUUGCUUUGCAAAAUGAGACUGUCUGAGCUACAGCCUAGUGUUUUCGACUACAACUGCCUACUGUCAUCAUUAUGCAAAGAGGGAACCUUAGACCAGGCAUGGAGAUUAUUUGAGGAAAUGCAGCGUGAUGACAGUUUUCCAGACGUUGUUUCUUUCAAUAUCAUGAUUGAUGGAAGUCUUAAAGCAGGGGAUAUUAAGUCUGCAGAAUCACUUCUUGCGGGGAUGUCUCAUGCUGGUCUUUCCCCUGAUUUAUUUACUUAUUCGAAGUUGAUAAAUAGGUUCCUGAAACUUGGAUAUUUAGACGAGGCUAUCAGUUUCUUUGACAAAAUGGUUGAUAGUGGCUUUGAACCUGAUGCUCAUAUUUGCGAUUCUGUGUUGAAGUAUUGUAUUUCACAGGGAGAAACAGACAAAUUGACGGAAUUUGUAAAAAAACUGGUGGAUAAAGAUGUUGUCCUCGACAAAGAACUCACGUGUACGGUCAUGGAUUACAUGUGUAGCAGCUCAGCAAACAUGGAUAUUGCAAAACGGUUGCUAAGAGUGGCAGAUGAUAAAGAAGAAGGGGAUAAGUGGGGUGCAUAGUCAUGCUCACUUAUGCUAACUUGAGGACUAUAAAGUUGGAGAUGUGUGACUGAAGUGACACAGGCUACAAAGUAUGACUGGCAGACUGGGAAGGAUGGUUGCAAAGAAAUUUUGGACUAGUAU